AUGAAUUAUCCACCUGGGCUUGAGCUCGUCACGGGUGACAUGUAUACGCUGCGCCCUGGCUCUAAUCUUCGUGUACCUGUCCGCGUUACCAGUGGCUCACAUGCCUCUCUUGAUCUGGCCCUCAACGACGGCCGGUCACUGCCAGGCAGUUUAUUGGGUCGGUUGAAGAUUGAGCAGUUUGGUGACGAUUUUUAUGUAAAUCUGCGCAACAUGCAGUUGUCUGACUCCGGUUCCUACCUGAUUCAGGCUAAAAACACAGCUGGCACCAGUCAGUUACCAAUUCGGGUUAGUGUCAACACUGUACCUUUGUCACCGACCGGUCCAUUAGUCGUAUCUGUACAAGAAGCAACUCCUCUUACUUUCGCCAGCAAAGUACUGCUCUCCUGGAGGCCUCCAGCACUGCGUGAAGAAGAAAAGCAGAGUGGAGUUCCAACAGAGCCUAUAGAAGGUUAUCUUGUCGAGCGCAAGGAUGGCCGACGGAGGGCGCACUUCUCUCAAGGUGUCCGUUUAGGGGGUGCCGACUCUCUGGAGCUAGAAGUACCCGAUCUACAGCCCGGCAUAGAAUAUAUGUUCAGAGUAUCUGCUUAUAAUGCGAUAGGUUACAGUGAGCCUCUCUACUCUGAGCCAGUUAUCAUCAAGAGUCCAGUUGACGUGCCGGAUGCACCUGGGGGUCCUCUUGACUGCCUCGAUUUUACUUCAAACAGCCUGCGCCUACAAUGGUCGCCCCCAUCGAAUGAUGGUGGGAGCGACCUUUUGCGCUAUCAUAUCGAACUGAAGGAAGUUGGCGACCCGACUGGCUGGCAGCCAGUCUCCAGUGUCACCGCUGCUGGGCCUACGGAAUACUCUAUUAGUAGUCUCCGCGAAGGUCUUGCUUACCGAUUCCGUGUGCGAGCUGUCAAUGCUCAGGGUCCUGGUGCUUGGCUUGAAACUGAGUCUACGAUUUCCUUUAAGCGACCAGUCACAGCCCCCUCCGCACCUGAGGCGCCUUUCCGUCUAAUACCAGACGGCGAGAAUGCGGUCCAGCUGAGCUGGCGAGCCCCGCAAGAUGAUGGUGGAUCCUGCAUCGCAGACUUCAUUGUGGAGGCCAACCUUGGUCGUGAAGAUAAUUGGCAACAGGCUUGUGUGGUCAAGGAUCUUCGAGCUCGCGUAGAACGCCUUGUGCCGGAAGGCAGCUACAGCUUCCGUGUUUCGGCCCGUAAUGAAGUCGGUAAGACAGGCGAUGCAUUGUAUUCAGAAAUCUACAAGCCGUCAGCUCCACUUAGCCCACCUGGGCCACCAGGAGCUCCUCUUGUCACCACCAUGAUGGGCGUGGGCCAAGUUCAACUUGAUUGGCGCCCCGCGCCAACCGGCGGAUCGAGUGGCUAUGGCGCCCCAUUGGAAUACCGCGUCGAGAGUUGGGAUAACGCGAAAAGCAGAUGGGCUUAUGUCACACGAAGUCUGGCGGCAGAAGGCACCUCACUCAUAGUUUCCGGACUUCGUUCCGGAAGUGAAUUGCGCUUCCGUGUUCGUGCGGAGAACAUCGCGGGUCUUGGUCCCUCUCUGGAGAUGGAAAAGCCUAUUCUAAUUGCCAGCCCAUUCAGCCCGCCUUCUGCUCCUGUCGGGCCGAUACACAUAUCGGAGGUUCAGAUGGGUCAGUCAGCCGCGGACGGCUCUGUUAGGCUCUCUUGGCAGCCUCCUCUCGAGGAUGGCGGGACACCAAUAACCAGUUACUUGGUGCAGAUGCGUUACUUUAACAGCACAGUUUGGAAUCGAGUCCGCCACCUCCAAUCAGUUCUAACCUUUGGUUCAGACGAGGAAGGUGGAGAAGAGACAGUUGCUCUAGUGCCCGGGACGGCAAGCAGGUACACGCUUCUCCAGACCAGUCUACCAGUCACGGGUCUGAUGCGGACCCAGCAGUAUGUGUUUCGUGUGGCGGCCAUCAAUGAAACUGGUACCGGAACUUUCUUAACUUCGGAGGUAUUCCGGAUGCCAGAAGAUGACAGCUGCCGGCCAAAGGCUGAUUGGGUACGCGUAGUCGGCAAGGGUUCCGACAACAUUACCAUUGAAUGGCUGGUUCCACACGACUGCCGAGUUGACCAUGGACCAAAUCGGGCUCACCAUCUGGCCCUAGACGGUUUUCGCGUGUUUCUCCGUGAGGCACAUCAGCCCGAAGAUGCCUGGAUCCGAGUUGCUGAUCUGGACCAUUACAUAGAUCGACUAGUCGUUGGUCUACUCAGAUCAGACAAGAAGUAUUACUUCGGAGUGGCAGCCAUAAAUCAAAAGAAUCAAGGGGAGAUAGUCUCCACGACCGAACCCGUUUCACCGGAAGCCUUUACAACGGUGCCAAAUCAACCUCUGGGCCCUCUCCGCGUCUCUGACAUCACCGCAGACAGCUGUCGCUUGCUUUGGCAAGCGUCAAUGAGCGAUGGCGGCUCUCCAUUGAUUGGCUAUCGCGUCUACAAACGCGAAAUCUAUCGCCGCAGUUGGCAGGAGAUAGGUCGGAUAUCCAUAGCCCCGGGCAGCCUACAAAAGGAGCUCGAGUUCAUUGCCCAAUACUUAAUGGAGGGUACCUCCUACGAAUUCCGGGUGGUAGCGGAGAACAUAAACGGUUUAUCAGAACCUCUGAAUACAAGUGUACAUAUUCAGCCUAGAAAAGAGAUAGAUAUUCCUGGUGCUCCACGAGGUCCCCUACAGAUUCGAGAAGUCGCACCCGGAGAAAUCGAGCUCAGCUGGUCGCCACCACUGCAGACUGGUGGCAUGCCUCUACUUGGCUACCAGUUAGAGUUGCGUGAGGGUCGUUGCUUUAUCUGGAAGCCAGCUGUCACCGGUCUGGUGGCAACGAGCCCUCGUAUUGGCUGCAACCCCACACAUAGACUGGGAGGGAUAAAGCCAAACCGAGAAUACUUUUUCCGUGUCUUGGCCAUCAACAAGGAGGGCGUCAGUCCCCCACUUACAGCCGAAGACAGUUAUGUGAAGCGGGCUCAGUUGUAUCCUCCAAAGUCAGUUCGUGGACGUCGUGUACAGGGUGAAGAUGCUGAAGAUGAAAUGGGCAGAAGGCGAAUCGAAAUUGUCUGGGAGGUGUCAGCCGAACAGCGUGGCGACUUUCGUGCCAAUGGAUUCCAGAUCGAACAACUGGAUGUGGACUCUAAGUCAGCCGAUUGGACCCAGGUCGACUUUUUACCAGUUACUGACCGAGCUAGAACAACGUAUUCGCAUAUUUUGUCAGCUCCGCGGCACGAAUGCGCUUACAGAUAUCGUGUUUGUGCUGUUUACGCGGAAGGAACCAGUGCCUGGGUGGCCACUUCUGUUAUACUCGCUUCUGAGGUGGGAAGACGUCGGCCGGACUCGAGCACAGAUCGAGCGGCUGCUCGCGUUCCGCCAGUUCCCUCAGUUAGUGUGCAUCAAGCUGAGGUGGAAGGCAGUGGGCCAUAUCGUGCUCUUGAGCUCGAGUGGACCCCACCAACAGGACCGGAUGCCGAAAGGAUUCGUGGCUACAAGUUGGAAGACUGGGAUGACAGGCGGAGCCGGUGGAAGCCUGUGAUAGACCUGCCCUCGGAGGCCCCAAGGCACAUAUCUUUUUUGCUUUCAGAGGAACAGCAGUUGCCGGGUAAGCUUGAAACACGUCGUAUGCGCAUAAUUAGUUUGGGCGAUACGAGCCGGUCUGUUCCAAUUGAAUUCCAACUUCAGCCAGAGUCUCUUGCUUGUCGAACUACUCCAACUCUGCCUCAAUCGUCGCCCACCGAUCCUACUGAGUGGUUCAGUCUGCCAAGCUCUGUUGGCUGGCGACGAGCGCUACCGGAAGAUGGUCAGGCAGAACGAGCACUGACUGAGACUAUAACCGAAGACGCUGAACGCAAAACCAUGCGCGAUGUGGAUGAGUUCAUCUAUCAACGUCGCAAACGAGCCCUGGAGCUGGGCCGAGGAACAACAGGCUCAGGUUUGACUCCUUCCUACGGUACAAUGAUGACGCCCAGAUUCGACCCAGCCCCACUGGAUAGUGAGAUGAACAGAGGACUUGCAUCUCGCCUAAGCGACGUUGAGUCACCACUUCUUUUUGACGAGCCUCAACGAUCGGCCUCCCGAGUGACAGGCUUCAGCCCUCAGACACCUGGGCUGCUCAGCGGCAAACUCACCGUCAGGGAGGUCGGCCCUACUUUUGUCCGCCUUGAGUGGUCGGACGUGGCCAGGGGACUCCCUAGUUGCAUCUCUUCCUACGAGGUCCAGCAGUGGGAGCCAAGGGCUGGUCGCUGGGUCAAGACUGCCCAGGUUCCAACCGAUGUGACAGACUACACUGUGAUGGGCCUACGAUCACCGGAUUAUACAGUCAAAGAUCCUCCGGGCUGGUGGUUCCGUGUCUUGCCUAAAGCAGAUAAAGAUCGCCUUGUCGGUACUCCGCUCCUCUUGGACCGGCCUGUACUUCUACGGAAGCAGGCGACUAUCCCGUCUUCCGUUUGGGGCGUAGAAAUAUCACCUGUCACCGGCAUUUCAUUGGACAACUGUCACUUGGACGUAGCAUGGUUGAGGCCUAGCAAUGACGGUGGUUCGGAGCUGUUAGGCUACCGCUUAUUGAUCUAUAACGCUGACACUGGUGAGGAUAGGGAAAUCGUUGUCCCUCCACAGUGUACCACGCACAGGAUAGAACCUCUAAACGGUGCCAACACCUAUCGCAUCACUAUCACUGCCUUAAACAUAGUGGGAGAGUCCAUUCCAGUCACUUCUACAGCUCCCAGAUGUCCAGGAAGCACUGAUAUACCUCCUGUUCCCAAAGCUCCAAGAGACCUGAUUGCCACACCUCUUGCCGAACCUGGAAGUGACGAGGUGUAUUGCCGCCUUUCCUGGAAGCCGCCGAGUACAUUGUGUCAAAUUGACUUCUAUUUUGUCGAAAAAUGGGACUCGAGAUGCAAGCAAUGGGUUCCAUGCAAAAAAGUGCCUGCAAGCGUGACCGACAUUGAGGUACCACACCUAAUCGGCGAUCUUCUCUACGCUUUUCGAGUUAGAUCACAAAACGAAACUGGUCUCAGUGAGCCAGUCAUCACCAAGGACUAUGUGCGACCUGGGGCCACGCGUGAGCGAGCGGCUGUGAUUGCGGCUCCACCUCCGCCCCCAAUGGGACCACUACGACUAGAACAAUCGAAAAUGGAGCGCUCCAUCUAUCGACUCCGUCAGGCUACCGAAGACGCUUACCGUGCACUAGAUCUGUCCUGGUCACCGCCAGCACCUGAGAGGCACCUCGACCAAGAGUUCGGCCGACCAUCAACAUAUCUUUUGGAGGCAAAACGACGUGGACAGAAAUCAUGGGCUCGUAUUGGCCAGCUGCCUGUCUCAGAGGGCAACCUCUGGCGCGUUAUGGUAGGACCUGAGCCAACCCAAGGGCAUGGGUUCUUUGCUGGAAUGCCGUUGCCAAAUAUGCCUAUUAAUCAGCACCGCCCGGCCGAAGGAUUUGAUGUACCUUUAUUUAGACCA